AUAGCAUCAAUCAACAGCGACAGAUUGCUGGCCACUGCAAAGGCCCAGUACACACAUGCAAGCCGAGCUUUGAGAAGUGUCGUCACUCUCACCAUGGUGCUCUCCUUCAUUCUCAUUCAAAACCGCCAGGGCAAGACUCGGCUCGCCAAGUGGUAUUCGCCUUAUACCGACGACGAGAAGAUUAAACUUAAAGGCGAAGUCCACCGCCUCGUUGCGCCGCGAGACCAGAAACACCAGUCCAACUUCGUCGAGUUUCGUGGAUCCUCCAAAGUCGUCUACCGUCGCUACGCUGGCCUUUUCUUCUGCGCCUGUGUCGACGCCAGCGACAAUGAGCUCGCUUACCUCGAGGCUAUCCAUUUCUUCGUCGAAGUCCUAGAUCAAUUCUUCGGCAACGUCUGCGAGCUAGACUUGGUCUUCAAUUUCUACAAGGUUUAUGCCAUUCUCGACGAGGUCUUCCUGGCAGGCGAAAUCCAAGAGACAAGCAAGCAGGUGGUGUUGACGAGAUUGGAACAUCUGGACAAGCUGGAAUAGAAGCAUGGAAGCGGUCUGCUCUCGCUGUAACAGAUUCUUAUGGACAAGGAAGGGGUGGAACAUGCACUCAAUGGCACGAGGCAGGUCGCGCUUUCGAGCCUUCUUGUUCAUGGCAGCAAUAGAUGCAGAUGUCAUGCGUCUAGUAAAACAUAGCAGGAACUUCCGUGGACGAUGUCGUCGUAUUCAAAGCCACUGUUGCUACAGUCUGGGUCAACAACUUCGCUGCGGAGCAAAGCGCUAUCUCUGGACUCUCUGACUACUCCUGGCUCUCGUACGAAUACAGUCCCCAUUUCAUGGAAUUGUGGAAAGGCAUUGUGCAGACAACAUUUGAUGAACUCCUCUCCAGUCGUGGUCUCAGUACAACUGGCCUCUGCCCUCGGAAUUUGACCAUGUCAGGAUACAUCGGAGAACCAGUUUACCUCGAAGCUUCACAGCAGCCUCCAGGGCACUAACUUAGUCGUCUUCGCUAAUCCGCCCUUGUCCUGGUUUCCACAACGACGACAGCGAGCACCCUCUCCAUGCACGGUUGAAGCUCUAGUUUCCCAACACGGUCUGAGGCAUUGGACAGCCACAAAAGCAAACUGCCAGGCCACUCUGCGUGAGAGUGAAGAGACGGUGCAACAGAACAUGGCCCACAGCAUAUGGUAGUACUUGCUGUGAAGAGCUGAGAAGCGUACAUGUACUGUACGGUUCUGGUGGCAUGGUCGUGAUAUGCCUCCUCAAAUGGCAAAUUUGGCUACACUCGAACAUGUCCGGCUCAGUCUGGUAGCGAUCACGUCGUUCAACAGAUCUUCGAGAGUAUUCAAGCACAUG